AUGGACAUUAACCAUUUAGAGGAUGAAGAGCUAAUCUUCGAAUUAAGCUUGCGAGGAGUCAAGCAGAGUCCAACUAUGGAUCGUAAACUGAAACUUAAAACGUUGAAGGAGUUAUUGGACAAGGAAGCAAAGGAUAAGAACAUCCCUUCAAACUCAACAAACGUGGCGAGUGAUGUUGACAAUAUUUAUCAGUGCCAAGCCAGGAUUUCACCAAUCAUCCACCUGGUUGAAGCUGCAAUACGACAAAAUUCAGUGCCAGUUCUGAAGAGAUACCAGUCUAGAUUGCUGCAUUAUCGUUUUAGACUAUCACUCAUCCAGGACCCUCUUAUCACUUCCAAUGCUAACAAAACCAUCUCCAAACUUGAGGCAGCGUUGUCGAAAAUCGAAGAUAUCAAGGAAGUCCUUCAACAACACGUACUCAUCGGUCAACAACACAACGACGAGAGGGAACAACAGCAGCGACAGGAACAGCAACAACUUCAGCAACAGCGGGAGCAAUUGAAGUGGGAGCAACAACAGUUCGAACAACAAAAGCAAGAGCAGCAGCGAAAUUUCGAAUCGCAGCCACAGCAACAAAGGACCUCACCUUAUUCGCUAGGACAUCUGGCACCUCCGGACCAAACAAGGCAAGUUCAGUAUCAAGACAUUAUCCGACAACAACAAAUUCAAGUUCAGCAAUUUGCUCAGAUUCAAGAAUAA